GAAUAGCCUAGUGUUUUUUCGCCUGUAAAAUAAUUAAAAUUAUAUUUAAUGUGUUACAAGAAUCAUGCAGAUACGAGCGAACAAGCAGUCGCGCAGCUUUAGAGCGUUUUGUCCAUCUUUAUUAUUGUGACUUGGCUCCGCCUUCCUACCUGUAAAUCUCCCCAGCCAUCUCUGGAGCAGAUCUGACGGGCGUUAUCAGCUGGCCGCCCGCAAGAGGCUGAAGGCAUUGAGUGGGGACGGCGACAUUUAUGCUAUUGCAUGCCAUUAUGCGCGAAUAUGCUAAGGGAAAUGCCGUCGUUUGAGGCAGUUUAUUUCGUUGCGUAGCGCAAGUGAACGACUGGAAACUCAAAAUAUCGUCCUCCAGUUGAAAACAGCCGAAGCUAUCGAUUAACUUGGCGUUGGUGAGACCGAAAUCGAUCUGCUACCUUCAAGUGACCGUGUAGCUGGAUGGAAAGCAGCGCGUUCGCACGUAUAGUUGAUUGAGAAUAGGCUAUCGUCAGUUGGCUGUUGUCACGGGUCAUCUAACGCAGCUGUGAAUAACAACAGCCGCAUUGGCUGCAGUAUGAAUAUUUCUUUGAGGUGGUAUUUAUUCUGAGCGUUUUGGAACCCCCCUCAAAAUGAAAACGAUAAGUCGUCAUUAAUGCGGAUUUAAAUGCAUCCAGCAGAGGGACAGAGACUCGCUGUUACAAUCCAAUUUCACCGAGAAGAACUGUUUUCUUUUAAAAGAAUAUUCAUAUUGUGGAGAACUGGAUAAAAAUAUAGAACGAUCGUGAGGGAUAUUUGAAGCAAUAUGGCUGAUGACUGGGGUUGGGGGCGCUGGCAGGAGCUCUCCAAAGCUUUUAGAUGCUAGCCGUGGCAGAUGGCAACGUUUCCUAUGGCAGCAGCAGCUCUAUAAUGAGUAAUAAUAUCAAUUAUAAUAGAAAUUCGGACUCUUCUGUCUCUAUAUCCAAGAUGGAUGUGAUCAUCCCGUUUUCACCAGAUGUUCCCUGUGACAACAAUGGUCAGCGCAUGUGGUGGGCAUUCCUUGCCUCAUCCAUGGUGACGUUCUUCGGGGGUCUCUUCAUCAUUCUCCUGUGGAGGACCCUCAAAUACAUGUGGACUGUCUGCUGCCACUGUAACAUCAAAACUAAGGAGAAAGUGACUAUUCCAGUGAUCACACAAGCUGAUGGAGCAGCCAAGACCAGCACUGAUAAGGAGCCUGAACCGGUACCGAUCAGCGAGGUGGGCUGGAUGACGUCGGUCAAAGACUGGGCCGGCGUCAUGAUCUCCGCUCAGACUCUGACCGGGAGAGUCCUGGUGGUGCUGGUGUUUGCCCUCAGCAUUGGAGCUCUGGGAAUAUACUUCAUAGACUCCUCUGACCCUAUAGAAUCCUGUCAGAAUUUCUACCAAGAUUUCACGUUACAGAUAGACAUGGCAUUCAACGUGUUCUUCUUACUGUACUUUGGCUUGCGGUUCAUAGCAGCCAAUGAUAAGCUGUGGUUCUGGCUGGAGGUCAACUCUGUAGUGGACUUCUUCACAGUGCCACCAGUGUUUGUGUCGGUGUAUCUGAAUAGAAGCUGGCUGGGUUUGAGGUUUCUAAGAGCCUUGAGACUGAUCCAGUUCUCGGAAAUUUUGCAGUUUUUGAAUAUCUUAAAAACAAGCAAUUCCAUCAAGCUGGUCAACCUGUGUUCCAUCUUCAUCAGCACAUGGCUCACAGCUGCUGGAUUCAUACAUUUGGUGGAAAACUCAGGGGAUCCUUGGGAAAACUUCCAAAAUUCUCAAUCGCUUUCAUAUUGGGAAUGUGUCUACUUACUCAUGGUCACCAUGUCCACCGUGGGAUACGGAGAUGUCUAUGCACGAACAACCUUAGGGCGCCUUUUCAUGGUCUUCUUCAUCCUCGGUGGUUUGGCCAUGUUUGCUCGCUACGUGCCAGAAAUUGCUGCUCUCAUCCUUAAUCGGAAGAAAUACGGAGGGAGUUAUAACUCGACACGAGGCAGAAAGCAUAUUGUGGUCUGUGGUCAUAUCACGCUCGAAAGUGUUUCCAACUUCCUUAAAGACUUCCUACACAAGGACAGGGAUGAUGUCAAUGUAGAAAUCGUUUUUCUCCAUAAUAUUUCCCCUAAUCUUGAGCUGGAAGCCUUAUUCAAACGCCACUUUACUCAGGUGGAAUUCUACCAGGGAUCUGUUCUGAACCCACAUGACCUGGCCCGGGUGAAGAUUGAGUCGGCGGACGCCUGCCUGAUUCUUGCCAAUAAGUACUGCCCUGACCCAGACGCAGAGGAUGCCUCCAACAUAAUGAGAGUAAUAUCAAUCAAGAACUACCACCCAAAGAUCCGAAUCAUCACUCAAAUGUUGCAGUACCACAACAAGGCCCAUCUGCUAAACAUUCCAAGCUGGAACUGGAAGGAAGGGGAUGAUGCAAUCUGCCUGGCGGAGCUGAAGGCGGGCUUCAUCGCUCAGAGCUGCUUGGCCCAGGGCCUGUCCACCAUGCUCGCCAACCUCUUCUCCAUGAGGUCAUUCAUCAAGAUUGAAGAGGACACGUGGCAGAAGUAUUACCUGGAGGGCGUGGCCAAUGAAAUGUACACAGAGUACCUGUCCAGUGCCUUUGUGGGCCUCACGUUCCCCACAGUUUGUGAGCUGUGCUACGUGAAGUUGAAGUUGCUGUUGAUUGCAAUUGAAUACAAGUCUGAACAAAGGGAAAGCAGUAUUCUCAUCAACCCGGGCAACCAUGUCAAGAUGCAGGAAGGUACAUUAGGAUUCUUUAUUGCCAGUGACGCCAAAGAAGUCAAGAGAGCAUUUUACUACUGCAAAGCUUGUCACGAUGACAUCACAGAUCCCAAACGGAUCAAAAAGUGUGGCUGCAAAAGACUGAUUUAUUCCAAGAUGUCCGUCUACAAGCGAAUGAAACUGGCAUGUUGUUUUGAUUGCGGCCGCUCUGAGCGUGACUGCUCGUGCAUGUCAGGCAGUGUACAUAGUAACAUGGACACCCUUCAGAGAGCCUUCCCACUUUCUUCUGUCUCUGUUCAUGAUUGCUCAACCAGUUUACGUGCCUCCAAAUAUAAAUAUAAUGGAUAUGUCAGAUCAACAGCAGAUGGCGCUACAACUCCAGAGAAAGCAGGAAGUCAAAAAGAGGGCGGUGUUCGGUUCAAAACAGAUAUCAAUUUAGUAAAGGAUGAAGUUAGACCCACCGUUCCAAACCGCUCGGUUAAACUGGCCAACUGCACGGCCGUAGCCAACGCGCUUCCUAAAGGCCCACUCCGUACGGAGUCCAGCUCGGCCCCCGGCGCCACCGCCGUGCCCCUCGUUAAUAACCGUAAAGGGAGCCUCCUGCCGGGAUUUCAGAGUGCCAAGCAGCGCCUCAGCCUAGCUGGCCUCAACCGCGCCCGCAGUCUACCUGGGAAAUACCGCCACCACCCCGGCAUGGCCUCCAUUCGCAAUCACGGGCCUUUCGAAGAUGAGCACCCGUCAACGCUGUCGCCCAAAAAGAAGCAGCGCAAUGGAGGCAUGCGAAAUUCACCCAGCUGCUCGCCCAAAAUGAUGAGGCACGACCCGCUCCUCGUUCCAGGGAACGAACAGAUCGAGAACAUGGACGUUAACGUGAAGAGAUACGACUCCACGGGGAUGUUUCACUGGUGCCCAUCUAAAGACAUUGAGAAGGUCAUCCUGACCCGGAGCGAGGCAUCGAUGACGGUUCUGAGCGGACAUGUAGUGGUCUGUAUAUUUGGAGAUGUCACGUCCGCUUUAGUGGGGCUGCGAAACUUGGUGAUGCCUUUAAGAGCGAGCAACUUUCAUUAUCACGAACUAAAACCGAUUGUGUUUGUUGGCUCGUUGGACUAUCUGAGAAGGGAGUGGGAAACCUUGCACAACUUUCCCAAGGUUUCCAUACUGCCUGGUACGCCAUUAAGUCGAGCUGAUUUAAGGGCCGUCAACAUCAACCUCUGCGACAUGUGCGUUAUCCUGUCAGCCAAUCAGAACAAUAUUGACGACGCCUCACUGCAGGACAAGGAAUGCAUUUUGGCGUCACUCAACAUCAAAUCUAUGCAGUUCGAUGACAGUAUUGGGGUGUUACAGGCUAAUUCCCAAGGUUUCACGCCUCCUGGAAUGGACAGGUCAUCCCCAGACAACAGUCCAGUACAUGGCUUAGUUCGGCAAGCGUCCGUCACAACUGGAGCCAACAUCCCGAUCAUAACAGAACUAGCUAAGCCUGGCAAACUGCAGCCUUUGGUUUCAUUCAGUCAGGAAAAAAACAGUGGAACCAACAUACAAAUGAUAACUGAACUGGUCAACGACUCCAACGUUCAGUUCCUCGACCAAGAUGAUGACGAUGACCCGGACACCGAGCUGUACCUGACUCAGCCCUUCGCUUGUGGGACAGCAUUUGCCGUCAGCGUACUGGACUCCCUUAUGAGUGCAACGUACUUCAACGACAACAUCCUGACGCUUAUUCGGACCCUGGUGACUGGAGGAGCUACGCCAGAGCUGGAGGCACUGCUGGCUGAGGAGAACGCACUGAGAGGCGGCUACAGCACGCCACAGACGCUGGCCAACCGCGACAGGUGUCGGGUCGCGCAGCUGGCCCUCUAUGACGGGCCCUUCGCAGACUUGGGGGACGGCGGAUGCUAUGGGGACUUGUUUUGCAAAGCGUUAAAAACAUACAACAUGCUAUGUUUCGGAAUCUACAGACUACGAGAUGCACAUUUAAGUUCACCGAGCGCAUGCACCAAACGGUACGUCAUCACAAACCCGCCCUAUGAGUUUGAGCUGGUGCCAUCAGACCUGAUCUUCUGCCUGAUGCAGUUUGACCACAACGCGGGCCAGUCCCGGACCAGCCUCUCCCACUCCUCCCACUCCUCCCAUUCCUCCAGCAAGAAGAGCUCCUCCGUCCACUCCAUCCCCACCGCCAACCGCCAGAGUCGCAGCAAGGCCCGCGAGGCCCGCGACAAGCAGAAUGCAACAAGGAUGAAUAGAAUGGGCCAAGAAAAGAAAAGGUUUACAGAUGAACCAGAACAUGCCUACCCAAGGAACAUUCAGAUCAAGCCUAUGAGCACUCACAUGGCCAAUCAAGUCAAUCAGUACAAAUCCACUAGCAGCCUGAUCCCACCAAUCAGAGAAGUUGAAGACGAAUGCUGAGUUCCAGAGCCCCUGACAGUGCGUGGGGGAGGUGGACAUACUUUUUUUGUUCAAGCUGAGAGGCAACUAUGGUGGCGACGAGUGGUGUUGCAAUGCUUCUGUCACAGUUCUUCUUAAUUGAGGACAACUGGAAGGGACCUCCUAUGUGUAUACCUUUAACGUUACUUCCAUGCUUUUUGGGAAAUUAUUUUGUUUAUAAAUGUAUACAUAAGAGAUGUAUAUAAUUGACAAUCAAGUAAGGAUUGUACAGCCCCCUAGCACUUUUUGAAUUUACUUUGAGAGUUCAAAAAAAGUCUUUCCUGCUAUUCUUUUGCAAUAGUUCACCAUGUAGUGUGUGUGACCAGACUCUACGACUGCAGCGUUGUAGGGGAUGACUGCCAUGUCGGUAACACUCAUCCAUCGCCCCAGACAUCUCCUGACAAGCUUUCAAUUGGCCAACGCAGUUCUUUUUUUUUUUGGUUACAUGUCCCAUGUCUCCUUCUGUUGUAUUUGCACUAAUAGCGAUCAAGUUGUUUUAUGAAUGACUUGAAACAUCAAAGCGUUACCCAAGCCAUCUAUAUCAUGGGAGAAAAAAAAAUACUAAGUGUCAACUUCAUUUGAAUUUACAGAAGUGGAGGGGCACAGUGAGCUUUGCUAGAGAGGUGGUAACGCGGAGGAUUGCUCUGGCACUGCUAAAGGAGAGUCUCCCUCUGACACUUCCCCCUGACAGCUUGUGCAUCUGCUGCUGUCUUAUCUCAUGGGGCUGAUGCUGUGUCUGACCCAGCUUUGUACUGCAUGGUGUGUGCUGGGGCCAUUAGCGUGACAGUUCAGUGGAACUGCACGACUCAGCCUGGACAUAUAGAGGGUGAACGCGCAAAAGCCAUCUUCACCCUGAUAGACAGUCCAGGCACUCAUGCACUCCAAUGUACAUGUGCAAUGAGGAGUGGGUUGUCUCUAAACAUAGGUAUAUCCAUAUUUGGCAAUAUGUUCUGCAUUACUGCACUAAUUCUGUUGAUGUCUUUCCAUUGCCUGUAUCUGUGUGGAAGCCUACAGUGUGGCGUGCGGUUGGGCUAAAGGCUCAUGACGUGUUCAGCUGAACAGAGACAGGUCAGCCAUGCUGGUGUAGGGACAGAACAGAAACAUGAGAACGCACUGUUGGCUUUGCUACAUAGUUGUGUCCCACUUGUGAUUGAGCUCUGUAGUCCAAAACUAGGCCCAAAUGAAGAGGAAUCAGUAUGUCUCAGAAAACAUACUAAAUGUAAGAGGAAUGAAUUGGACUGAAGAGAGAAUGCCACAUAUCGCGUGAAGUGGGUAUCAAUGGGUCCUCCUUUGGCUGUAGGCACUGCCUGGCACAGGGUUGGCAGGGAGGCAGCAAAGAGCUUGGAUGUUCUCCCUGACCAACCCUCAUGCCAAUAUAACCACCUCUGGGCAAAUAUGAGAAUGGGCUCAAUCACAGGUGGUCAACACUAUGGAUACUGAGGAGGGACAUGCCACUCAUGUCCUUAUGCUUGCACACAAGCCUAACACAAGUCAUUAAGAGCUGAACCUGAGCCGUCAUGAAGCCUUGAUGAUGUGAUGCUCGUACUGUUAAAAGAGGAUUCUCAGAAAUUUGAACGUUGUUUCAAGUCUUCUGGCAGAUUUAUACAUACGUACAUACUUAUUUUGUAUCCAUAUGAGCAUAACCAUUUUGUACUUAUUUUUAUACACAUCAGAGAACUUUAUUUCUAAAUUUAGCAUUUUUCUUGAAUACAGCUGCACCAGAUCAUGACAUAUCGAUACAGUUACACAUCUUAGCCCUGGAUAGGGUGCACAGACAAACCACACUGCUUUGAAAUGGACUUGAAGUCCGUAUCAGACACACCUGGAACCAGCUGAAAGCCUCCAGUCUGAGCCGUCACCUGGUCUGAGUCGUCGCCUGGUCUCCUUUCAGUGUUGUUUUAAAACCCACCUGGGUUGCUUUGAGGGAUCUCUAAAGCUCUAUGACUAAUAAUGAUAUGAAACUGUAAAAUACAUCUCAUUUGCCUGGGCAAACUGGGAUGGACAUACUAAUGAAUGACAGUUACUUUUAUGUUAACAAUAGUGAUAUUCCACGUUUGAAACCUUGUUAAUACUAUACAGGCAGGCACGGACUAGGGUGGUGCAUGAGGACAGUGGGGGAUUGCUGUCAGGCCCACCUCUACACUUUCUCUGCUGUAAGGGUGGAGUGGAAGUGCUUUAUAGAUGAUGUUUGGCCUAAAUUAGGCCUGGGGACAUGGAAGGACUUGCUGAAAUAUCGUCAUGUGCAUAUGCAUAUACUGUAAUUCUCUGGAACAACUGUGUUUCAUAAUGGUGUGAGAGAUUCACCUAUGAGUCAUAAACAGUGAAUUAAUAGCCAUAAGAUUGUAGACAAAAAAAAAAUGCGUCACUAUAGUUCAAAUUAUUUUGAGGAGAAAAAAAAUAUACAUGGUGUCUAAAUCUGGUGUCUAAAUGUAAAUUCUGCCCAUUCUAGACCAUUCUUUUUGUCUGAAGCGAAAUGAUCUCAGCUUUAUUGUGUGUCUGUGUGGUACAGCAUGUCGCUGCUGGAGCUCGCCAGACUUUGUCCUGAAGUGAAUAUUUGAAUUGUGAUUACAUUGGUGUUACACUUUGUAGCAAGUAGAUUUCUUAUCGAAUAAUGUGAGUAAUGUGAGUAUAAUUGGAUUUGCCGAUGACAUACUUGCUAGGCAAAAAAAAACCCAUUAAGAAUUAAGGCAUUAUACAAAUUGACAUAUUCAUUAUACAUUGGAGUAAAACUACACAUUUAUCUUAUCAUAUUAUCGGUUCUUAUGGAGCAUCCUUUCACUGUAAACACCCAACAUGCUUCAUUAGGAUAAAGUGAGAGAGAUAUGAACCAGGCUGUCAUACUGUCAGAUGUAUGAUCAGAAUCAGUGGUGUCAAAUAAAUAAAUAAAUAGGGUAGCACCAGUUUCAGCAUAUCUGGGAGAACAUUCUUAAUUUUAAUGUUCUUGUGAACUUUUAUAUCUGGGUUUACAUUCCAUUUUGUCACUUUGUUACCAUCACAAUGUUCAUUGUUUGUUUUCAAACUGUUACACAAGCUUAUAAUUUGUUUACAGAUAAAAAAAAAAAAUAAGAUCCUCAAAUUUAAAACAAUAUGUUUAUGUUGAAUGCAAAGCAGGCAAAUACUUUUGGUGACACACCUUUGAAAUGAUUUUUAACCCCGCCUCCCCUCCCCCAGCUCCCAGAUUGUGUUAGAGAACCAUAAACCCAGACCCCCUUUUUCCCUAAUGGCUCUUCAAAAUGGAGGUGACAUGACACAAAUUUGUAUUUUCACAAAACCAUCCGAUGUCUGAAGUGCCAUGGGAAGUGCUCAGAGGUCAGCAUGGUCCAGCCGUUUGCAGCUGAAGCGCAGUAGUGGCGUGUGAGCAUGCAGAACUGGCACAGAGAACAUCCAAGCCCUCAGUGCCUCUGUGCCAGUGGAGAGCCAGGCAGUGCAGUUAGGCCAAAGAAGGAGUCCACCAGACCCACAGACGCGAAAAGUGGCAUUCACACUCUAGAUUUAAAAAUGCAGGAGGAUUACUGUCACUCCAAAUGUAGGUAAUUUCUUGCAAAAUGGCUGGAUCAUGCAGGCUGAGCACUGAACACUGAACUGAGCUUUUUUUUUUUUUUUGUACAGUAUAUUCGCCCGUCCAUUUGCUUAACGAUUGCAUCUACUCUCCAACAAAGCAUAUCCAGAGUGAAGAGGAAUAUAUUUCAUAUUUUUGUCAUGUUGCAUAUCUGUCACUUCCUCUGCUGUAAAAGAUGAACACACUAACUUGGUGGAAAUUGUAAUAUAAAUAAUAAUAAAAAAAAUAUAAUAUAAUGUUGGGGGGUUUUAAGUCUUAAGGUAAAUUUGCAUCUGGCUAUUACAUGUUGAGUAAAAGUAACUUCUUUUUUCUGUUACAAGUAAAUUCAGGACAUUCAUUCUCUGAGCAGUUCCAAACCUCUGGCACAUCCUCAUCACAGAGUGGCGGUGGCAGUGGCAGGAAAGGGAUGGGUUUGAGUUUUGAGCUAACGGGAAAAUAGAGAACAUGAUGGUGCUGAGUUGAUCUACCUGACUCUGUCAAAAAAAAUAACCUGCUGAUAAAUAUACUGUCUUGUACAAAAAGUUGUACAUAAAUUGUACAUGGUUUCUUUUUGUAUUUUCUCAGAUUAAAAUGGAUGUAUUUGUGUUCUAA